GUUUGGGAGGAAAUAAAGCCACAUCCCCAGAUGAACUUGGGACUCCAUGAGCUGGUUAGCAGACAGCAGCAUACAGUCAGGCCAUCCAUAUGAGGUUGUGGUACUUCGUAAAUGCUCAUCUCUCUUCCCUGCUGCAUUUCCCAGCCUACAGCUGCGGCGUCCCUGCCUACCCACCUUAUGUGGCCCGGGUGGUCGGAGGUGAAGAUGCCAAUCCCCACAGCUGGCCCUGGCAGAUUUCCCUCCAAUAUGAUAAAAGUGGCGUCUGGGCUCACACAUGUGGCGGGACCCUUAUUGCUACCAACUGGGUCCUCACUGCGGCCCACUGCAUCAGCAGCAGCAGAACAUACCGAGUUCUACUGGGGAAACAAAACCUGGAGGUCGAGGAACCUAGCUCUGUGGCCGCUGCUGUGGAGAAGAUCAUUGUCCAUGAGAAAUGGAACUCCUUCCUGAUCGCCAAUGAUAUUGCCCUGAUCAAGCUGGCUGAGCCUGUGGAAGUGAGCGAGACGAUCCAACCAGCCUGCCUGCCUGAAAACAAUGCCAUCCUGCCGCAAGACUUCCCCUGCUACGUCACCGGAUGGGGACGCCUCUGGACCGACGGCCCCAUCUCUGAUGACCUCCAGCAGGCACUGCUGCCUGUGGUGGACCAUGCCACUUGCAGUCGAUGGGACUGGUGGGGCUUCAGGGUCAGGAAAACCAUGGUCUGUGCCGGAGGAGAUGGAGUCGUUUCUGGAUGCAAUGGAGAUUCUGGAGGCCCACUGAACUGCUAUGGUGCUAAUGCUUGGGAAGUACAUGGCAUUGUGAGCUUUGGGUCUGGGGUGAGCUGCAACACUCUUAAGAAGCCAACCGUCUUCACCCGGGUGUCUGCCUACAUCGACUGGAUACAUGAGAAAAUAAACCUCAACUGAAGAGUCCAGCUCAUUUCAUUGAUUGUAAAUCCCAGGA